CAAAAUAUAUAUAGAGAGAGAGAUACUCAGACAUAUAAACCAAACAUACCAAACAAUACUUCUCUCCAUAUAUACAUAUCUCUCUUGUGUUCUUGAAACAGCCAAAUUAAAAGCGGAGGAUCAUGACAAGUGUUCAUGAGGAGACGCGUCUGGUACUCCUCAUCAAGGGCAAACGUACCAAACGUCAGCGAUCUGCGUCCCCUCAUAUCAAGGCAGAAGUAAUGUCCAGUGUUUGCAACGAGGAACGAUCACUGGAGGCAAGAGAAGAAGGAGCUGGUGAAAUCGAAUUCCGGGGAGCUACGGACGAAGACCAAGACAUGGCGAAUUGUCUAAUGUUGUUGUCACAAGGACAUAAAUCAAACACUAGUGGAGAUCCUUUGUUGACGCAUAAAAUUGGUUUCUUGAGCAACAAGAAACCGGUGGCCUCUCUAGUGUUAGGGCUAAACGGUGUUUACCAGUGCAAAACGUGUGAUAAAAGCUUCCACUCGUUUCAAGCGCUAGGAGGGCACAGGACUAGCCACAAGAAGCCCAAACUCGGAGCAAUCGUUCUCAAAUGCGACGAGAAGAAAUCUGCGUCUGCGGUUAAAACAGUUGAAGCUGCGAGAGUUGUAGGAAGCUUUCUUUCUCUACAAGUAACUAGCAGUGACGGUAGCAAGAAACAGGAAAAAACACAUGAAUGUUCGAUCUGCAAGGCCGAGUUUUCUUCAGGACAAGCCUUAGGAGGACAUAUGAGGAGACAUAGAGGUUUAACAUUGAAUGCAAAUGCUAACUCAACAAUCAGAACAGCGACAUCAUCAAGUCAUAAUCAAGAAUCUAUACGGGAAAAUAACUUUAUGGAGUUAGAUCUGAAUCUUCCAGCGCCAGAAGAUGAACCCAAGUUCGUGUUCGCGUCCAAAGAUCAGAUUAUUCUCUUCGCGGCUGCGUCCAAUUCUUUGAUUGAUUGUCAUCACUAAUUAAUAACUUCUUUAACCUUCAUAUGUAUUCAUAACUUCUUUAACCUUCAUAUGUAUUCUAAUUAAUAUUGGUCCUUGUAAUUUGACAUUGAUUGAGUUA